AUGGCCAAUCAGCGCCCAGACUUCCUACGAUCCCAGCCGCUUACCCUCCCACCACGUACUAAACAAGCCACACGGCCGCGCAGAAGCGAGCUAAUGCUGCACGGCCACCGCCUUUCCUUAACCCUUCUCUUCGCGCCCUUUCGCCCCCAGCCUUUACUCGGUCCCCAAGGGCUCUACGAAAUGGGUGAAGUUACCAUGGGCUUUCCAUACCCCUCUCUUCGGACGAUGAAAAUGUAUGAAGCGCAGGAGAUUCACUGUAUUGGUCGGUUCGACCCGUCUUUAUCCUGCAAGUUUGCUGCCUUUGCAUGA